AAAUUGAAGAAAGAUGUUUGUAUAGUUUUCUUACUUCGAAAGUCAGUUAUCUACGGAUACACACGUGCGAAUUACGAGGAGUAGCAAAGAAAAUGUAACAUAGAAAAUGGAAAACGUAUAGAUGAAUCUGCACAUAUCAAAUAAAUAGCGCAAUCAUAGAGAAUAAACUUUGAAAAAUGCUGAAAAGUUUGGGAACUUCAAAAAAGUUUGUUGACAAGCAGCCCAUGAGGAUAUUUGAAGUCCUAAUGGGUUGAAACUUCGAUGGAGUGGCAGUAUGCUGAAUUGGCUUUUUCUCUCUCUUCUCCAAUUUCUCUUCAUCGCAUGUCUAUCAUUGCCAACAUACAACAAUAACAUGGAAUAUCCAUGCAGGCACACAACAGAUCAAUCGAAUCUGAAUUCAUUUUUAUGGACAAUAAAACGAGACCCGCCUGGGCCACCAUCUUACUUCUUUGGAACGAUUCAUGUUCCUUAUACAAAGGUUUGGGAUUUCAUUCCUGACAACACUAAAGAAGCUUUUGCCCAUUCACAGUAUAUCUACUUUGAACUUGACUUGACAAACCCAUAUACAAUCUCAGACCUCGCAAAUUGCCAACUUUUACCAAAAGGACAAAAUUUGUCAACGAUUCUACCAACAGAUUUAUAUAAACGACUAAAGGAUCAUAUAACUUAUGUGAAACGGAUGAUGCCGAACUGGAUGACAAAAGACCAGAGAGGGCGUGGCUUGUAUGCUGAUUAUUUAUUUAAUGCAAUAGCUGGAAACUGGGAAAGGAAACGACCAGUGUGGGUAAUGCUUAUGGUGAACAGUUUAACCGAAAGUGAAAUAAAAUCACGAGGACCUCCUGUGUUAGAUUUGUAUUUAGCGCAAGAAGCUGGCCGGAGGAACAAACAUACAGGUGCAGUAGAAGAAGUAGAAGAGCAAUGUGUACCACUUAACGAGCUGAAUCUUUCACAGGUGGUAUUUGCUUUAAACCAAACUCUGUACCAGCAUGAGAAAAUACGACUGGCUAGGAAUCCCGUACCUUAUACAACUGGCGAUCUUAUAAAACAUUAUAACUGCGGUGACUUAAAUGCAGUAAUAUUUAAUCAUGACACGUCACAGGUGCCGAAACUAGUCAAUAUCUCCAGUGGGGACAGUUAUACAGCAACAGAUAUAGAUACUUACUUUAGAUAUGAGCUUAUUUAUAAACGCAACCAAAGAAUGGCGGAACGGGUCAUGCAGCUAUUGAAGAGUCAUCCAAAGAAAACUUUCUUUUUCGCAUUUGGAGCAGGUCACUUCUUAGGCAAUAACACAGUGAUUGACCGCUUGCGGGAACAAGGAUUCUCUGUAGAACAUACCUCACCAGACACUCAAAUCUCAGGAAAAACCAAACAACGACAUAAAAAGAAGAAGCAUGCGAGCAACAAUAUGUUCCCAAUGUCAGACAUGUCCUCUUUCCCUAUGCCACCCCUUAUUGUAAAUGGUCACUAUCCACAGUAUUAUACCCCUAGGCGAAAAUCUAGUCGUCAAAGGUCUAGAAAUAAGAAUCGAGGCAGAAGGAAAAGAAUCAAAGGAGAAGCGACAGUCAAGCCUAAGAUGAAAGGGAGUUUCAAUGAGCUCUGGGUCAGAAUAGACCCUACCCCUGAUGGUGUGAUCCCCUCAAGUACAUUCAAGAUGCCCAAGCUUCUCUUCGGCUCACUGUCAGGGGGAACAUCUAGUGUACCAGAGGUACAAUCAGAGGGGACAAUGUCACGUUGUAGAAUGGUACUUAGGGCACUGUGCCUGGUGGUAGGAUGUCUGGGCAUGGCUGUGGCUGGUUCUAUAUAUGCAUUCAAUGCUUAUGCUAAUGCACUGAAGAAAACAUUUGGAUAUACACAGUCUGAGGUUGAAACCAUUGCUGCCAUGGGAAACCUAGGAAUGUGCAUAGGGUUCCCAGCAGGCAUGUGUACUGAGAGAUUUGGGUCCCGCAUCACUUCACUAGUUGCCAUGCUGAUGUCAGCCUUGGGGUACCUUCUGUUGUGGAGUACUGCACUAAAUGAAAAUAGCAUAGCGUUUUACCAUACAAAGAGCUAUCUCAUAGAUAUAUACAAUUUUAUUGGAGGGCUGAGCGCCUCAUUCACAUACAUGGCGUGCAUGACGAUCAACAUUAAAAACUUUCACCCUAAACAUCGAGGGAAAACAAUUGGAAUCCUUGACGCAUCAUUUAGCGCAGGACCGGCCAUUGCAGCUGCCUUAUAUGGACUUUUAUUUGUCAAUGGCCACGUCAGAGAUGAACAAAACCAAAACCUUAAAGGAUUCUUUUUCUGCACAGCUGUAACAUUUGUGGCAACAAAUUUCAUUGGAAUAUUAGCACUAGGAAAUUUUCCAUAUGAUAGUGGUUUUGAGAAGCUGGUAUCUGAUAAGAGUCCCCUGCUGCAAAAUGAUGGACUGGCAAACACAACAAGUGACAGGAAACAGGUGGGGAGUAAUGACAUUGAUUUUGAAAAUGCAGUUAAAUAUGAUAAUAACGAGGUGACAUUAUAUCAAGGGAAUAGAUUAGACACCCAUGGCAACAUGGGCAGUCGUACAGCUAAUGGUAGCCAUAGUUACAUGGGAAACCCUAAGGAUGUUGCUAUGCAACAUGAACUGAGUGGUAACCACAGUGCCACAAACAAAACUAUUGUAAACCAAUUAAUCCACAGCCAAACUGACAAUGAGAAUCAAAAUAAACGUCAUCAAAAUGAUCUCCUUAGUAACAAUAGCCAUAGCAACCAAACAACAAGUCAUGAUAACAGGACAAGACUGGACUCCAACUAUGAUGACAUUGUUAUUGUUGAAAGUCAAGCUGACAUGACAGGAUUAUCCCUCAUCAAAGACAUUGACUUCCAGUAUAUUUUCUGGGUAAUGGUGUUUUGUGCUGGACUCCAACUAGUGUUCCAAACCAACAUAGCCGUGUUCCUACGUUCAUUUAAUCUAGAACAUCUCAGCACGACCUUCACCAUACUAAUCCCAGUCAUCCAAACCGUAUCAAAGUUCCUCAUCGGAUUUUUUUCUGACAUACUUGUGAAUUCUGUCCCAAGAUCAGUGUUCUUAAUUGUAAGUAAUAUUGUACAAACUGUCAUUCUUGCCAUUUGUAUAUUCUAUGGCAACACAUACACUUUGUUACUGAUAGCUUCCAUUGUUGUUGGAUGGGCAAAUGGUGCAGUAUGGUGUUUAUCACCUACCAUGUUAAGUGAAUACUUUGGUGUGAAAUACUUCGCUCGUAAUUGGGGUUGGAUGAUGGUGGGGAAUGGAUUGGGAGGUUUUGGUCUUCAGAAAUUAUUUGGUAUCAUAUACGACUCUAAUAUCAAUGUGGCUGGAGGAGUAACCGAUUGCUAUGGGCUCCGUUGCUUUACUUGGAGCUACAUCAUGAUGGCAGUGCUUAGUUUCUGCUCUGUUGUUUUUGGCUGGGGACUCAUUGAAAGGAAACUUCAAAAGAGACACUGAUAAGAGAUCACUACCCUUUUUAAGACAAUACCCCUUUGAAGUCUGAUAUAAUAGUCUUUUCUCAGACCCUCUACUUUCCUGAUAAAGCUUUGAACUCACCAAGCCAAAUAGAGAUUUUCUUCAAAU